AUGCAAGAUCGAGCAAGAUAUGACAUUCGAACAACAAGAAAACUUGUGGUGGCAACUAUGACACUGCAUAACUUUGUACGGAGGUCAAUUAUACCAGAUCCUGAUUUUGAAGUAAAUUGGGAGCAAAAUGGAGAUUAUCAACCGACGUCGGAUGAGGAGGUUGGAGCACAUGAAGAUGGUCAAAUGACUGAUUCAAGGCAAUACAUGGAAGGAGUUCGGGAUGAGAUUGCAAUGAGUUUAUGGAAUGCUCGUAGGUAA